UAAGUUUUUAAUUAAGUAUUCGAUUUUUGUGUUUCACACACAAUCAGCUGCUCGAUUAAGGAGUGGCUGUCAGCUGUCUUAAAAGAAUUUUUGUUUAUUUACAAUAAAUUGGUAAAAUGGAAAACAAUAAGUGUUUAAGUGAACUUUUUCUUGCGUAUACUGCAAAUAUAAAAGUUUUGCUGUCAGUGCUGGCUAGCUACGCAGGUACAAUGGUCUUAUAUAAAAGAGAAAAGAAAAAAAACUUCAUCAUUUUGCAACAUUUGCGAAGACAGCAGCUAUUGCUUUACGGGUUACUGCAGAGGAACGCUACUCAGAGAUCCCUCUGGAAAUUGAAUCGGCAGUCUUCUUUCUGGGAAGUUAAUUGCAAUUGCAACGAUGACCAUUUCUUUAAGACGCACUUCCGCAUGAACCGCACUAGUUUCGAAACACUCUGUGGUUUCCUCAAAAACCUGCACAAAGCCGACACAAACUGGCGCAACGCGAUUCCAUUGCAAAAACGCGUUGCGAUAGCUCUAUUAACGCUGGGAUCGUCUGGGGAGUACAGAGAGGUUUCCGAACUAUUUGGUGUUGCAAUAUCGACCGUGUGCACAAUCUUGUGGGAGUUUUGCGAGGAAGUCUGGCAAGCUUUGUCAGCGCAAUACAUAAAAAAAUUACCACCGACUCCACAAACUUUAAAAGACUGUGUUGAUGGUUUUGACCGUCUCGGCUUUCCCCAAUGCCUCGGAACAAUUGAUGGGUGCCACAUCGAAGUUAGGCCGAAUCCAGCCGAUGCAACCGACUACCACAACUAUAAAGGAUGGUAUUCUAUUGUUCUACUAGCUGUAGUGGAUUAUAGAUAUCGGUUUUUAUAUGUGAACAUUGGUGCUCCUGGACGAUGCAAUGAUUCGCAGAUAUAUAAUGCAUCGUUAAUGAAGCGAGUAAUGGAGGAGAACGAAUUACUGAAGGUCAGUAAGAAAGAAAUAGGUGGAGUACAAAUGCCUAUAUGGAUUAUUGGAUAUUCUGCGUUUUGGUUUUCCACCUCCUAA